GGUGAUGGAGGUUUACUUGAUCCCAGGAUUCCCGACCGUCGGCGCUUCGUUGCUUGCUGUUCGCUAUACUGUCGCCCAUCGUCCCGGAUCGAAAUAAUUGAAUCACCGGCCUAGGAGACGCACUGAAAAUGAAGUGCUCCGCCGUGUUCCUUGCCGCGUUGGCGAGGGCAGCUGUGGUUCUUGGCGACAGCGAAAUCCCCGGACCAGGUGCUGAUGGACGAUACACGAUUUCGGCCCCAGGCAUCAAGGCGCAGUUCAUCCCGUACGGUGCCAGCCUAACGAACCUGUUCGUCUCCGACAAGAACGGCAAAGACAUCGACGUGGUCCUCGGCUACGACGACACCACCUACUACCCCAAGGACCCCGGCCACCCCGUGUACAACUCGAUCCCCGGGCGCUACGUGAACCGCAUCGGCCACGCGCAGUACACGCUCGACGGCAAGACGUACAAGACGGAGGACAAUGACGGCGGCAACACGCUGCAUAGCGGCACCAACAACUGGUCGUUCCGCUUCUGGAACGUUACGGCGCUCGCGGCCGACUCCAUCACGUUCGCCAUCUCGGACGCGUCCAACUCGUCGCUCAACAUGCUCGGCCGCGUCGACGCCAGCGUCACCUACAGCCUGACCAACAGCACCUGGAACAUCAAGAUGACGGCCACGGCGCCCGACAACCGGACUCCGCUCAUGCUCACGCAGCACACGUACUUCAACCUGGACGCGUACAAGAACCCGGCGACGCCGCUGAUCUGGGACCACACGCUGAGCCUGCCGUACUCGAAGCGGUACCUGGAGGCGGACCAGGGCGCGCUGCCGACGGGCAAGAUCCUGACGGCGGCGCCGGGCAGCCUCAACGACUUUGCGAGCGCAAGCAACCUCAAGUUCGGGCACGCGCGCAACCUGACGGGCUUCGCCGGCAACUGCGGCGCCAACGGCGCCUGCGAGGGGUACAACGGCUACUGGCUGGUCGAGGACGCGCCCAAAGACGCGGCCGUCGUCACCCUCGCGAGCGCCUUCUCGGGCGUCAAGGCCCAGCUGCGCACCACCCAGCCCGGCGUCGUGCUGUAUUCGUGCUCGUGGAUGGACGGCUCCGCACCUAUCAAGAGUGACCAGGGCCUCAGCGCCGCCCAGAAGGUCGUCAAGAGCUCGUGCGUCGCCAUCGAGGCCCAGGACUACCCCGACGGCAUCAACCACCCUGAGUGGAACCGCACCAGCUACCAGAUCACCGGGCCCGGCCAGACGUACAACUGGGAGAGCUCCUGGACGUUUGGGCUCGUCUAGACCCGCCUGCGGUAGGUUGGUAACGGGCGGUGUUGUCACCGAAGGUCGAGACUGUCAAGGAGAGAGGCUGUUAAGGAGAGAGGCUGAAAAAAAAAGUUUGCAUUCGGAUCGAGUACUUCUAGUCUAGUCUAAUCAGCCAGAGAUCGAGCCAUAAUAAGCGUCUCCCAAGGUCUGGAGCACAAAACUUAGUGUCUUCAGUCUUCAAGAACCGGGAUAAUUCUGGGUAUGAAGACCUGAGCAAGACUGAAAACCGGCAUGAGGUUACUGUAUCUUCUCUCGAAAGUUGAAGAUUAGUGUGGAGACUAAAAAUGGAGGAAUCUGUCGAAGGUAACUUGGGUAGGGUACCAAUGACACGCAAACAAAGCAUGACAUGAGAUCCUCUGGAUGGCUUCUUGAAC